GCCCCCGGGCCCGCCCCGCGGCGCAUUGUGGGAUCUGUGCGCCCCACCGGAGCGGGACGCAGCGCUAGGUCAUGGGGAUCCAGCCGAGCCCGGUCUUGCUAGCCUCUCUGGGGGUGGGGCUGCUUUCUCUGCUCGGCCUGGCUCUGGGUACCUACUUGGUUCGAAGAUCCCGCCGGCCGCAGGUUACUCUCCAGGACCCGGAUGAGAAGUAUCUGCUGCGAUUGCUAGACAAGACGACAGUGAGCCACAACACCAGGAGGUUCCGCUUUGCCCUGCCCACCGCCCACCACAUUCUGGGGCUGCCUGUGGGCAAGCAUGUCUACCUCUCUGCCCGAAUUGAUGGCAGCCUGGUCAUCAGGCCUUACACCCCUGUCACCAGUGAUGAAGACCAAGGCUAUGUAGAUCUUGUCAUCAAGGUUUAUCUGAAAGGUGUGCACCCCAAAUUUCCUGAAGGAGGGAAGAUGUCUCAGUACCUGGACAGCCUGAAGAUUGGGGACGUGGUGGAGUUCCGGGGGCCGAGUGGGUUGCUCAGUUACGCUGGGAAAGGGAAUUUUAACAUUCAGCCCAACAAAAAAUCUCCACCUGAACUGCGAGUGGCGAAGAAAUUGGGAAUGAUUGCUGGUGGGACAGGAAUCACCCCAAUGCUGCAGCUGAUCCGGGCCAUCUUGAAAGUCCCCGAAGACCCAACCCAGUGCUUUCUGCUUUUUGCCAACCAGACUGAAAAGGACAUAAUCCUACGGGAGGACCUAGAGGAACUGCAGGCCCAAUAUCCUAAUCGCUUUAAGCUCUGGUUCACUCUGGACUAUCCUCCAGAAGGCUGGACCUACAGCCAGGGCUUUGUUACUGCUGACAUGAUCCAGGAGCACCUGCCUGCCCCAGCAGAAGAUGUGCUGCUACUGCUCUGUGGGCCACCACCUAUGGUACAGCUGGCCUGCCACCCAAACCUGGAUAAGCUGGGCUAUUCACAAAAGAUGCGCUUCACCUACUGACCUACUGAGCAUCGAUCGCACAGCCUCCUGAUCCCGUGUGUGCCGCUCUCCCUAGUCGGUUCUCGAACACUAAGAGGCCUUUGCUGAGAGUGUCAGCCUUUUGUGUCUCAUCCCAGAAUCUGGAUGCUUGCAGAAACAACACUCCUCCAGCUAGGGUGGGUGCAGGUCAAGGCCAAGUCAUUCCCUUGAAGCUUCCUUUAUCCUAAUCUUGUGAUAAAAGGUCCAGAAGAGGCUCAAGGAGCAGUCUCUAGGGCCAGAAAGAAGGAAGUGUGUGCAUUUGCUAUAAGGCUACCUAGUUUCUGAGAACAUUUGUGGUCACCUCCGAGUCUGUGGUGAAAGGAAUGGAAUGGGCAAUACAUUUUGCUCCAUAUUCAGCACUUCAUUCACUACUUAUAUGCGUACAUGUUGAGUGGGCUGUAGACACAGUCCGGCAGAAACUGUAGGAAAGGAAUUAUUUCACGGAAUUCUAAACCUCAGAGAAAGGAGACUGACAUCUCUCUCUCUCUCUCUCUCUCUCUCUCUCUCUCUCUCUGUGUGUGUGUGUGUGUGUGUGUGUGUGUGUGUGUGUGUAUGUAUGUCUCAGGCCCUGCCCAGGCUGGAGUGAAAUGGUUACCCAUAACUUAAGAUUGCUGCUUGUACAAAGAGCGUCUGGCUGUUCAAAUAAAUGGAGCUGAGGC